UACUGGCUGGAGCCGCGCGGCGCCGAGCUGUGGCGCGCGCCCUACGCGGGCCCGGCGCAGCUGCUGGCGCGGCUGCCGGCGCAGCGCCACCACCCCGUGGCGCUGACGCUGCACCGAGACACGCUCUACUGGCUGGACACCGCGGCGCACCGCGGCAGCGUGCUGGCGGCGCCGCGCGACAACGUGACGCAGUACCGCGUGCUGCGCGACAACCUCGGCGACUCGCUCAAGGACCUCAAGGUGUGGUCCCGCGCCGCGCAGACGCCGCCGCCGGGCGCCGCGUGCGCCGAGCAGUGCGCCGCGCUGUGCCUGUGGGACGGCGCGCGCCCGCGCUGCGUGUGUCCGCACGGCCGCCUGGCGCCCGACCAGCGCAGCUGCACGCCGUACGAGUCGUUCCUGAUGUACUCGCGCGUCACCGAGAUCGACACCAUCCACCUGCUGGACGAGAAGGACCUGAACUCGCCCUACGAGCCCAUCCAGGACAAGGAGCUGAUGCGGAACGCGAUCAGCCUGGCGUACUGGUACGCGGAGUCGCGGCUCUUCUACUCGGACAUCCAGCGCGGCUCCAUCAACACCGUGCUCUUCAACGGCUCCGCGCACCGCGUGCUGCUCGAGCAGACGGGCGCCGUGGAGGGCAUGGUGUUCGCGGCCGACCACGCCACGCUGUACUGGACCAGCACGGGCGCCGCCGUGCGAGCGGCCCACGUGCCCUCGCUGCUGGCGGGCACAGCGGGCGCCGGCGCGCGCACCGUGCUGCGCCUGGCGCGCGGCUCGCGGCCGCGCGGCGUGGACUACGAGCCCUGCGAGCGCCGCCUCUACUGGACCAACUGGAACGAGUCGCAGCCCUCCAUCCAGCGCGCGCGCGCCAGCGGCCGCCAGCUGCAGACGCUGGUGGCCACGCACAUCCUCAUGCCCAACGGCCUGGCGCUCGACCACGAGGCCAAGAAGCUGUACUGGGCCGACGCGCGCCUCGACAAGAUCGAGCGCAUGGACUACGACGGCUCCCGGCGCCGCGUCGUCACGCGCGCGCACACCGACCACCCCUUCGACCUGGCCGUGGCCGGGCCCUGGCUCUACUGGACCGACUGGCUGGCGCACGGCGUGUUCCGCGCCGACAAGCUGGCGGGCGGCGCCACCCCGCUGCGCCGCGACGUGCCGCGCCCCAUGGCCAUCGUGGCCGUGGCGCCGCAGCACCAGACCUGCUCGGCCGACCCCUGCGCCACGCUGAACGGCGGGUGCGCGGAGCUGUGCUCGCUGGACGCGGCGGGCGCGGCGCUGUGCAGCUGCGGCGCGGGGCGCGUGCUGCAGGCGGACGGUCGCGCGUGCGGCGCGGCGGCGGCCGCGUGCCCCGCCGGCCAGUGGGCCUGCGCGGACGGCGCCUGCAUCCCCGAGGAGCUGGUGUGCGACGGCGUGCCGCACUGCGGCGACAGCGCCAGCGACGAGGACCUCUACUACUGCACGUCGCGUGCCUGCGGGCCCGGCACGCUGCGCUGCGGGCUGGGCGGGCGCUGCGUGGCGGCGGCGCGCGCCUGCGACGGCCGCGCUGACUGCGACGACGGCGCCGACGAGGCGGGCUGCGACUGCCCGCCGGAGAACUACCGCUGUGACGACGGCGCCUGCGUGCUGGUCGCCGCUCGCUGCGACGGCGAGCAGAACUGCGCCGACGGCUCCGACGAGCGCGACUGCCCCGCCUGCAUGGGCGGCGAGUGCGCUGCGCCCACCGAGUCGAACGCGAUAAGCCGCAGCACCGAGGCGAGCAGCGAGGCCAGCACGGCGGCAGCGGUGACGUGCGGCGGCGCGCAGUUCACGUGCGGCAGCGGCGAGUGCGUGCCGCUGGCGUGGCGCUGCGACGGGCGCGCGGACUGCGGCGACGCGUCGGACGAGAGCGGGCCGUGCCGGCACGGCAACGCGUCGUGCUCGGCGGAGCAGUUCGCGUGCGGCGCGUGGCCGGUGUGCGUGCCGCGGGGCGCGCGCUGCGACGGCGCCGCCGACUGCCCGCGCGGGGAGGACGAGCAGGGCUGCGAGUGCGCGGCGGGCGCGGCGCGCUGCGCGGACUCGGGGCGCUGCGUGGCGGCGGCGCGGGUGUGCGACGGCGUGGCGGACUGCGCGGACGCGUCGGACGAGGCGGGCUGCGCGGGCGCGGCGCAGUGCGGCGCGGGCGCGCUGGGCUGCGCGGGGCGCUGCGUGCCGCGCGAGCUGCAGUGCGACGGCCGCGACCACUGCCAGGACGGCGGCGGCGGCGGCGCCGGCUCCGAUGAGGACCCGCUGCUGUGCGGUCAGUGCCAUCUCGCCCCAUAUUUCCGUCGUUAUUUACAAAUAGCCUAUAAAAGCACGGGGUGGGCGCGGUCGGUGGGCGGGGCGUGGGGCGGCGCGGACGCGUGCGCGCGCGGCGAGUGGGCGUGCCGCAGCGGCGCCUGCGUGCCGCCCGCCGCGCUGUGCGACGGCGCCGACGACUGCGGCGACUACUCCGACGAGACGCACUGCAACGUGGCGGAGUGCCUGUUCGAGAACGGGCUGUGCGCGCACAACUGCUCGGAGCUGGCGGUGGGGCGCGCGUGCUGGUGCCGCGCGGGCUGGCGCCUGGCGGGCGACGCGCGCGCCUGCGCCGACGUGGACGAGUGCGCCGAGGACGCGCCCUGCGACCACGCGUGCGCCAACACGCGCGGCUCCUACCGCUGCGCCUGCGCGCCCGGCUACCGCCUGCUGCCCGACCGCGCCAGCUGCACGCCCGACACCGAGGAGCGCGCGAGCUUGAUCUUCACGAAUCGCUACUACAUCCGGCGCGUGGAGCUGAGCGAGCCGCCGGCGCCGGGCACGCUGCUGGUGCACGAGCUGAGCAACGCCGUGGCGCUGGACAUGCACUGGGCGGCCGGCUGCCUGUACUGGAGCGACGUGACGCGCCUGGGCUCCGCGCUGCGCCGCGCCUGCGGGGCGCCGCCCGGGCCGCCGCAGCUGCUGCACGGCGCCACGCUGCAGAACCCCGACGGGCUGGCCGUGGACUGGGUGGGCGGCAACCUGUACUGGUGCGACAAGGGCACGGACACGCUGGAGGCGUCGCGCCUGGACGGGCGGCACCGGCGCGUGCUGCUGCGCGGCGGGCUGAGCGAGCCGCGCGCGCUGGCGCUGCUGCCGGCGCGCGGCCUGCUGUACUGGUCGGACUGGGGCGCCGCGCCGCACAUCGGCCGCGCCGGCAUGGACGGCUCGGCGCGCACCGUGCUCAUCGGCGCCGGCCUCUACUGGCCCAACGCGCUCACGCUCUCGCCCGCCUCCAACGAGCUGUACUUCGCGGACGCGCGCGAGGACUACAUCGCCGUGGCCGACCUGGACGGCAACAACGUGCGCGUGCUGUUCUCGCGAGAGAGCAUGCCGUGGCUGCGGCUGCACCACGUGUUCGCGCUGGCGGUGUGGGACGGGCGCGUGUACUGGUCGGACUGGGAGACGCGCGGCGUGGAGAGCUGCCUGCGCCGGCCCCGCUCAGUCAGCGGCGGCAACAGCUCGGCGGCGGGCGGCGCCUACGACUGCCGCACGCUGGUGCACACCAUCCACAAGCCCAUGGACCUGCGCGUGCACCACUCCGCGCGACAGCCGCCCGUGCCCGAGCUGUCGGCGCUGUGCGCGUCGCUGAACUGCUCGGGGCUGUGCCUGCUGACGCCGGACACGGGCGCCGGGCCGGGUGCACGCUGCGCCUGCCCCGAGCACUGGGCGCUGGGCGGCGACGGCCGCUCGUGCACGCCCAACUGCACCUCCGCGCACUUCGUGUGCGCCGCCGCGCUCAAGUGCAUCCCCUUCUGGUGGCGCUGCGACACGCAGGACGACUGCGGCGACGCCAGCGACGAGCCCGCCUCCUGCCCGCCCUUCCGCUGCGAGCCCGGCCAGUUCCAGUGCGACAGCGGCCGCUGCGUGCACCCCUCGCACAUCUGCGACGGCACGCCGCACUGCGCCGACGCCAGCGACGAGCGCGACUGCGACCACUUCACGUGCCUCGCCUCGCAGUGGAAGUGCCGCGGCAACAGCUCCGCGCGCGUGUCGGCGCGCUGCGUGCCCGGCGCCGCGCGCUGCGACGGCCGCCGCGACUGCCACGACGCCGACGACGAGGCCGACUGCCCGCCGCGCACCUGCCCGCCGCACCACUUCACGUGCGCUAACGGCGCGUGCGUGCCGCUGGUGUGGGUGUGCGACGCGGACUCGGACUGCGGCGACGGCUCCGACGAGGGCGCCGCCUGCGCCGAGCGCACGUGCGGCGCGGGCGAGUUCCGCUGCGGCUCGGGGCGCUGCGUGCCGCGCGAGUGGCUGUGCGACGCCGAGCCCGACUGCCCCGCGCGCGAGGACGAGGCGGCGUGCGGGGCCGCGCGCGCGCCGCCGCCCUGCGACCCCACCUACUUCCGCUGCCCCGACGGCCGCUGCGUGCCCGGCCGCUGGCGCUGCGACGGCGACGACGACUGCGGCGACGGCGCCGACGAGCUGGCGUGCGCGCCGCGCGCCUGCUCCGAGUCCGAGUGGCGCUGCGGCUCCGGCGAGUGCAUCCGCGCCGCGCUGCGCUGCUCCGGCGCGCCCGACUGCGCCGACGCCAGCGACGAGCGCGCCUGCGCCGCCGCCUGCGCGCCGGGGGCUCGCGCCUGCGCGCGCGGGCCCUGCGUGCGCGCCGCCUGGUGGUGCGACGGCGAGCCCGACUGCCCGGACGGCAGCGACGAGGCGGAGUGCGCGGCGCCGGCGCACGGCUGCGGCGCGCGGCUGGCGUGCGGCGCGGGCUGCGCGCCGGCGGCGUGGCGCUGCGACGGGCGGCGCGACUGCGGCGGCGGCGCGGACGAGGCGCAGUGCGCGGGCGCGGCGUGCGCGGCGGGCAUGUUCCGCUGCGGCGACGACACGUGCCUGCCCGUGAACCUGGUGUGCGACGGCGUGGCGGACUGCGCGGGCGACGAGAGCCCCGCGCUGUGCGAGCGCCGGCGCUGGCUGGGCGAGGAGUCGGCGUGCCUGCCCGGCGAGAGCCUGUGCGACGACGGCCGCUGCGUGGCCGGCAACGCGUCGUGCUCGCUGGAGGGCGCGUGCGGCUGGGCGGCGUGCUCGCAGCUGUGCCUGGGCAAGCACGGCGCGCACACGUGCAAGUGCGUGCCCGGGUACCGACAGCGCCAGCUCGCGGACGGCUCGCUCACCUGUGAAGCGCUGGGCGACAAGCCACUAGUGGUGGUCGCGUGGGGCGGCGAGCUGCACGUGUGGGAGCCGCGCAAGCAGGGCGACGCGCCGGCCGAGCCGCCCCCCGCGCCCGCCGCCCCCGCCGCCCCCGCCGCGCCCGAGGUGACGUGCGCGGCGGGCGCGGCGGUGGGCGACGCGUGGUGGCUGGUGUGGGGCGACGCGGCGGGCCGCCUGCGCCGCGCCGACGUCACGCGCUACGUGCGCCCCGCCGACCCCGGCGCGCCGCCAGCGCUGCCGCUCUCCGCGCACCUGGAAGCCACCGCCGACGUGCUCGCGACGUCGGAGGGCGAGAUCCGCGGCGUGGCGCUGGACGCGGCGGCGCGGCGCGUGUACUGGAGCGCGGCGGAGGCGGCGGGCGGCGCGCUGCGCGUGGCGGCGGCGGACGGGCGGCGCGCGACGCUGCUGCGGCGCGCAGGGCUGGAGCCGGGCGCGCUGGUGCUGGCGGCGCGCACGCUGUACUGGGCGGAGCGCGGCGCGCGGCCCGGCGUGCACGCGCUGGGCGCGGCGGGCGGCACGGCGCGCUGGCUGGUGCGGCGGCGCGUGCGACGCGUCACGGCGCUGGCGCUGGACGCGGCGGCGUCGCGGCUGUACUUCGUGGACGCCUACUACGACACGCUGGACAGCGUGCGGCUGGACGGCUCGCAGCGCGUCACGCUGCUCGCCUUCCAGCGCCCCGACUCGCCGCCGCCGCAGCCCACGCUCUAUGUAGACGGAGAGAUGCGCGCCACGGGCACGGCGCGCGCGGUGGCGGAGGUGGCGGCGCGCGCGUGCGUGGCGCUGGCCGUGUGGGAGGACAGCCUGCUGUGCGCCUCGCCGCGCGCGCUGCUGCGCCUGCACAAGCGCGCGCCCCGCCCCGCGCGCCCCGCCCGCCCCGCGCCGCGCCUGCUGUCCGCGCUCGCGCUGCUGCCCCGCGCGCCCGCGCCGCCCGACGCCUGCGCCGCCGCCUGCCGCGCCAGCGCGCUCUGCGUCAGCAGCCCCGAGCCGCGCGGCCACGCCUGCCUGUGCCCCGACGGCCUGCUGCCCGCCGACCCCGCCGCGCCGCCCGAGGAGCGCGAGUGCGUCCCGGCGCACGGAGUGGGCGCGGACACGAGUGGGGCGGGUGGGGCGGCAGGCUCGUGCACGCUGCAGUGCGGCGCGGGCGCGUGCGAGGAGCGCGCGGGGGCGGCGCGGUGCCGCUGUCCGCCGCAGUUCGCGGGCGAGCGCUGCCAGCACUACCGCUGCGCGCAGCACUGCCACCGCCGCGGCCGCUGCGAGCUGGCGGAGCCGACACAGCCUGCCACCGCGGACGCACUGCCGCCGCUUAAAUGCGUGUGCCAGGCGGGCUACACCGGCGAGCGCUGCGAGCGGCCCGCGCCGCCGGGCGCGUGCGCGGCGCUGGCGUGCCUGCACAACGCCACGUGCGCGCUGCGCGACGGCCGCGCCGCGUGCGAGUGUCCGCCGCACUACGCCGGCGAGCGGUGCGAGCGCUGCCUGCCCGGCGCCGACUGCGCCCCCGACGACAUCUGCCGCUUCUUCUGUCUCAACCAGGGCACGUGCAGCGUGUCGGCGGUGGGCGCGGUGUCGUGCGCGUGCCCGCCCGCCUGGAGCGGCGAGCGCUGCCAGCGCCCCGCCUGCGUGGACGCCGCCUGCGCCUCGCCCCCUGCGCCCCACCCGGCGCCCCACCCGCCGCCCCACGCCGCGCCGACGCACAACCACACCGACGACUCAUGCGGUGCGGGCGCCUGCGCUAACGGCGGGCGCUGCGUGCGCAGUGCGGGCGCGUGGGGCGGCGCGGCGUGCGCGUGCGCGGGCGCGUGGGGCGGCGCGCGCUGCGGGCUGUACGUGGGGCACGACCACGCCUGCGCCGCGCGCGCCUGCGCCCCGCCCGCGCUCUGCGUGUGGGGGCCCGACCUGAGUCCCACCGAGCCCGGCGCCGUGUACUGCGCGUGCCUGGAGGGCGCCAGCUGCAGCACGCCGCACACGCCGGCGCCGCCCGCGCUGGCGGGGCCCGCCGCCGCGGACAGCAGCGCGGGCGGCGCGUGGGCCGGCGCCGCGCUGGCCAUGCUGUCGCUGCUGGCUGCCGUGCUCACGGCGCUCUACUUAUUACACAGGAGGAGACGCGGCGCUUUCGUGCACGCGCGGCUGUCGGACAACGUGGAGAUCAACAACCCCAUGUACCUGGCGGGCGAGGACGAGCUGGAGCCGGCGCACGCGCACGCGCAGAACGGCGGCAGCCACUUCGCGAACCCGGUGUACGACAGCAUGUACGCGGCGCCGCAGCACGCCGAGGUACAGCCGCGAGCGCGAGCGCAUGCGCAGUACCGCCCGCUGCACGCCUAGCGCGGCGCGGCCUGCCACGAGCGCGAGCAGCAGCUCUACUCUAGCGUUAUACAAUAUGUAUUCUAAUUAGCGUCCUUCCCGAAAGGAUAACACAGGCUAGCUAUUCACAUGACUCAAUAAAAUGUCAAACUUUAUCUAUUAUAACCUUAAAUUGUUAUAUUUAUUAUAUUAUAUUAUAACAACAAUAUUUUUGACGGUAUGACGGACGGCGGAUUUUGUUCGACCGAUAUGCUCCGUUUUCAACCGUCGCCCGCGCUCCCCUGUUUUUGCCAUGUAAGUUAACCUCCUUUUUUUUUAAGUCUAGCCUGGAUUUGUUGACACCAAUGUAAUUAGGUAUCGAUACAUAACAGUACCUUCAUGGGGCGGACGGUAAAUUUAAUACAUAUUGUACAUACAAACCGCAUAGUGGGAAUGACUGAUACGAUUCCUCACUUAUAAUUUACAAUAUCGAAAUUCACUAAAUUAUCAUAACUUAUUGCACACAAAAUGUACUCAAGAGACUGUUACUAUAAAUGAUACUGAGUGCUGUUUGAUUGAAAUUAUAAUUGAUCUAAAACAUAUAAAAAUAUCAAAAGUGAUUUCAUAUGUAAUUGGCAACCUUUCGAGACGCACUGGCAUGUCUGUGUGUCUAGGUCGUCAGUAUAAUACAGGUAUAAGAGGAAGGUCACCGCUGCGGUUUGUACGUCCGCGUCGGUAUCAUUUAUCAAAAAAACCAAAUGUCAUCUUGAAUACGAAGUACGGAAAGUACAUUGUUUUGUAAUCACAGAGAUGAAAAACAUGUAUUUUCCCGGAAACGGAGCGUCGCCGAGCGCAGCCCACCGGCGCUGACUCAUGCAGAGGGAAGUUAUCCACUCUGCCGCGAGUGGCGUGUGUGUGUGUGUGUGGUGCGGGCGUCAGUGAGUGCGGCCUCUGUGCAGGAGCACGCCAACCUGCUGGGCGCGCGCGCCGCCGACGCCGCGCUGCUGUGAGCGCUGCCGAGCGCAGCCCGCGCCGCCGCGCCGCCGCGCCUCCGCGCCUCCGCGCCUCCGCGCCGCCGCGCCGCCGCGCCGGGGACUGCACGCGCUGACGACGCUACACUCACAUACUAAAUGACAUUGAGCAGUGCGAGCGAACCUGGCGUUUGAACAAGACUCUCCAUCAAGUAGCGAGCAGCGCGAAAACCUCGCAUUCAAUUCUGGUUUUGACAAAAAGAAAAAAAAACUAAUUAAGUGACCGGUGUCCGCUAGACGGACCACGCCUUUUUUGCUGUCGUAGGAAUUGGUGACUCGCCAUGUGUACAAUGAAACUAGUUAGAAUCUCAUUAAAUAAUUAUAGUUUGUAAGUUUUUGAUAACGUGAGUCGUGAGUGGCGCCGUGUGCUGCCCUUGCACGACGUCACGUCGCAUACUAUGAGGAUCAGUUACGUUGUAAAUUGCUGAUAUGCUGUACCUACUCUUGCCUCUUGACAAAUACAUUUAUGUCAAACUUUCUACUGAUAAACUUUUGCUGAACAAUUCAUUAUAAUAUGUACCUACGUGUUAAUAAGUUAGUAACUUGCUACAAAAAUAAAUAACUUGUGCCAUAUUGAUGUUGUAUCUACGAGACAAACAGCAGCACAGAUCAUAAUAUUAUACCCCAACAUAAAGGUUCAUCUUACAAGCCUACUGUGCAGUGUUGAAACAUUGUUGCUACAUGUUUUAGCAUUAUCAUGUUUAGAAGAUUAUUCAUUUGAGUUGUUUGCUCCUCAAGUGUUAAAGCUCUAAAGCCCAAAUGUGUAUUAUGUUUCAACUAUUUGCUUGAAUAUAAUCAUCAAGUGUGACGCAGCGGGGUCAUUCGGCUGUACACGAUCAAAUUAAUUGUCUAACGAACAAUGUACCUACUCGGCAUUUUGAAGUGCAUCAUAUUUUAUUUAUUUACUGCGAAUAUACAUAUUUACUUAUAGUUAAGAGUACAAGUAACAUGGCCAGUUUAGUUUGUAAGUGAAUGAGCAGCAGUUUGGCGUUGAACUUGACCAACUAUUAUAUCAUCGGCAGCUUCUUGACCUUGCCUUGUGCAACUAAUGUGAUGUUUCUGUAUUUUUUUACUUUUAUGAUUAUUUUUAAGAUACAAAUGACGGUCAGCCAUCAGGCAGCUAAAUGUAGGUAAUAAGCGGUUUGAAUAUACAUUCAAAAACAAUAACGUUUGCUAAGUGUAAGUUCAGUUUGACAUAAACUUAGGGACCUUGUGCCAAAUUAUGUGUACACCGCAGUGUGCGAUUACUGCUUUAUAUUGAUUUGCUCAAAUUAAAUGCGCAUUUUUGUGUUGGUUGCGCGAUAUUAUUCAAACAAACGGAAAACAUAUCAAAAGAGAUUAUCUAUCAAGUACAAUUAUAAUGUUUAGUUUUAAUAUCAACAAUGUAUUUGUUAUUGUUCAUCACAAUACUACGAUGUCUGCUAUCUGUUUUGUAGAAGUAGCUAAUAGUUGUAAUUUUAUUAGUUUUAAGUAAAUAACGUGAAAAUAAAUAAUAAUGUGACUCAA